AAAAAGGACCCAAGCUCCAGCUGACAUGGAAAUAUAACAUAAAACACAGCUGCGAAGUUGUCAAAACGCCAUGUCAUCACGUUCUCAGACAAGACCUUAACCCUUCCCCUACUUUCCUUCAAAAGAAGGUCUGGCCUUCUUAAAGCUGACUUCUUCUCAAGACAAAGAACCCACAAAAUCUCUGGACUUUCCAACCCAUCAAUGGUGAACCUGAAGGCAGGGACCAGGCCACCAUGGCUUGGUCUUGGGGCUGCCGUUUGGGUGCAGAUAGCAUCUGGGAAUGCAUACAACUUCCCUCUGUAUUCCCAUUCCUUGAAAUCUGUUCUAGGUUUUAACCAACGUCAGCUUACUAUGCUUGGUGUUGCUAAUGAUAUUGGUGAAAAUGUUGGACUUCUUCCCGGAAUUGCUUGUAACAGGUUCCCACCUUGGAUUGUUCUCAUGAUUGGUGCUUUUGCUUGCUUUUUGGGGUAUGGUGUUCUUUGGCUCGCUGUAAGCCGCACUGUUCUCUAUAUGCCUUAUUGGUUGUUAUGGAUUGCACUUUGUGUAGCUACUAAUAGUAGUGCUUGGUUGAGCACUGCAGUGCUUGUCACCAAUAUGAGAAAUUUCCCUGUCAGUCGAGGCACUGUUGCUGGUAUUCUCAAGGGUUAUGCUGGGCUUAGUGCUGCAGUAUUUACAGAAAUUUACAGCACCUUACUUCAAAAAUCCUCUUCUAAGCUUUUGAUGUUUCUUUCGUUUGGUGUUCCUAUUCUCUGCUUUGUUAUGAUGUACUUUGUUAGGGCAUGUACUCCAGCUUCAGGUGAAGACGCUGCGGAGCAUGGCCAUUUUCGUUUUAUCCAAGCAGCUAGUGUGGUCCUUGGCUUGUAUGUUUUAUCGACCACAAUAUUGGAUCAUAUGCUGCAUUUUAGUGCUGAAAUUUCCUCUGUGAUUGUUGCUGUAAUGGUUGUCCUUCUAAUGGCUCCUCUUGCAAUUCCUGUAAAGAUGACUAUAAAUCCCACAAGGAUUAACAAACCAGUGAUACCUGACCAACCAGUUGCAUCUUCAGAUGAAAUGCUUCAAGGGGAAGGCAAUGCAGACAAAACAGAACCACUGUUGAAGCCAUCUGAAUCAGCAACAUACCUGGGAAGCUUUCGUGAAGGUGACGAGGCAUCAGAGGUGGCAAUGCUUCUUGCUGUGGGUGAGGGGGCAGUUAAGAAGAAGAGGAGGCCUAAAAGGGGGGAGGAUUUCAGAUUUAGUGAAGCUAUAAUCAAAGCUGAUUUCUGGCUUCUUUUCUUGGUUUAUUUUUUUGGUGUUGGUUCUGGUGUGACUGUACUCAACAAUCUUGCCCAGAUAGGGAUUGCACAAGGUGUGCAGAACACGACAAUAUUGUUGUCUCUUUUCAGUUUUUGCAACUUUGUUGGCCGUCUUGGUGGGGGUACUGUUUCGGAACAUUUUGUCAGGUCAAAAACAGUUCCGCGCACUAUUUGGAUGACAUGCACUCAAAUUGUCAUGGUUGUUACAUACCUUCUGUUUGCAUCAGCUAUUGAUGGCACCUUAUAUGCUGCAACUGCAUUACUUGGGAUAUGCUAUGGUGUUCAAUUCUCCAUCAUGAUCCCCACUGUCUCUGAGCUUUUUGGUUUGAAGCAUUUUGGUAUAUUUUACAAUUUCAUGUCACUAGGAAAUCCGCUUGGAGCAUUCCUCUUCUCAGGGCUUCUAGCAGGAUAUAUAUAUGAUACAGAAGCUGCAAAGCAGUAUGGACUUAACCUGGUCAAUUCAAGUGUUUCAUGCGUUGGUCCAAACUGCUUUAGGCUCACUUUCCUGGUUCUUGCUGGCGUCUCUGGUGUGGGCUCAAUAGCAAGCAUUAUCCUAACUAAGAGGAUAUGGCCUGUUUACCAGAUGCUGUAUGGUGGGGGUUCUUUUAGGCUGCCCCAAACUUCAAAUCACUGAGAUGGUUGGGAUGGAGUGUGGAAGUUUUAGAUCAUUUCAGAGUCUUAUUUUUGGGAGCACAUCUUAGACUAGGUUUAUGUACUCUAUCAUUAAACUUGUAGUUGAUGAACUCUAAUCAAAGGGGGCCAUGUGUUUGGAUGCCUGUACACACAUCCAAACUUUAAUUUUGCACACAGUCCUCGUCAUAACUUUAAAAUCCAUCUACAAUUACAUUGAUGAAUAGUUGAUAACUUGAUA